GUUUGAUUCCCUUUGGAUUAGUACCACUAAUUUGGAAACAAAAUUUUGUCAUUUUGGCAAAUCCCUGAACAGUAUAAAAAGCAAUCACGCAAGAGAUUCAGUAUCCAAGAAACAGAAAGGGGAAAAAAAAAGAAAGAAAAAAAGAUGAAGAACUUUAGCCUGAGAGUUUCUGUUUUGUUUGGGUUGAUGCUUCUGUUAAGUUUCAAUUUUUCUCAGGCUGCAGGAAGGAUCCAAGCUUGCAACCCAAGCGGGACGAUAACCGGGAUAACUCCGCCUCCAGGGAAAUGCAACCAAGAGCAUGACUCGGAUUGUUGCAAGAAAGGACAGAAGUACAAAACUUACACCUGUUCUCCAUCAAUAAGCUCGCAAACCAGGGCGACUCUUACCAUAAACAGCUUCGAGAAGAACGGAGAUGGUGGCGGCCCGUCCGAGUGCGACGGCCACUACCACUCGGACAGCACGCCGAUCGUCGCGCUCUCCACGGGGUGGUACAACGGCGGGAGCCGGUGUUUCAACAACAUUACUAUCCGUUACAAAGGCCGGAGCGUGAGGGCGAUGGUCGUCGACGAAUGCGACUCGACUAUGGGGUGCGACGACGAUCAUGACUACCAGCCUCCGUGUCCUAAUAACAUUGUGGAUGGAUCUAAAGCUGUGUGGGCAGCCUUGGGCAUCUCUGAUCCUGAUGAUGUUGGUUCCCUUGACAUCACUUGGUCCCAGGACUAAAGAUUUGUAUGUGCACGAUCAUUUACUUACUCUUCAGAUCUAUUGUAAUGUAAAAUAUCAAUCUAUUGUAUGUAUACGUUUGUAAACAAUCUAAAGUAUGUAUUUUGUCAAAAAACUACAGCAAUAAAGCAAAAACCAUUG